UAUAUGCUAAUUAUCCCCCCCAACUCUGCUGGGUCUUUGAGAGCAUGUCCAGCUACCUCCCUCCCCUUUCACUUAACACCCCGCUGGAUCCCUCAUCUCCAAACAGAAGCAUAAUCCACCCCUAAAAUCCAAAUUUCCCUCUUUGCUGAAUAGUUGCAAUGCUUAUGGCCGGAGGUUUCCUCCUUGGCAUCUGAAGUCAAGCUCCUCUCACAGACAGCUUCCCCCUCUCUCUGCUAUUCGCAGGCCACUGUUUGGAGGAGGAGUGUGACUCCACUUAUCCAACCUUCCUGGGCCCCCUGUCUACAGGGCCCUACCUCCCCAGGAAGGGAAAUGCUGAUACAGGGAUGUAUGUCAGGCUGCAUCACAGGAGGAAGGAGGUGUAUGACUUGCUUCACUGGGGGGGUGUCAGGCCUUCACCUGGGGUCAAGUUCAUGCCCUCCUGGAUUUCCCCUUGCCCCUCUCCCCCCGUCUCCCUCCUUUGCCCACUGUGGAUCUCUCUUUACUUUCCCAACUCCACUCUGCAUCUGUGUGGGGAGGGAGCAUUUGAUAUUCAUAAUCUGGUUCAGAGAAGGUCCCGAAGCCCUGAGUCACUGUAUGGUUUCCAUGGAAACAGACUUGUUCAGAGGACUCGAUGUAGCAAGGCUUCGGUGGGGGAGAAAGGAAACAUAUAGUAAAAUCAGGCUCCACAAGUGUGGCGGAGUUGGAUCAACUCCCUUUGGUGGGGAAGAUGAGGGUGGGCAAAGCUCUGGCCUCCCUUAUAGGAGGGGCUGCCUCUCCUACCCACCGAGGUCCCCUCAUUGGGAGCUGCUCAGCUGCUCCUGUGGUGACAGGUUGCUGCUUCUCACAUGGACCUUCUGGCUAGGCACUAAGGCUUAUGGCUACCUGUCAAUGACUCAGUUUCCUCCUCCCUAACAUGGGGAAAAUAUGAACCCCUACCUGACAGGGGCAUUGUGAAGGUCAAAUGUGUUACCAUAUGGAACACACUUCAAAGAGCGGUGAAUAUUUAGUGUCACUAUUAUUAAGUCAGGGUAUUGGAAGAAAGUCCCCCAGCAUGUUCAUUUGGUGCCUUCCCCUAUGUCUCAGUAGGUGGUCCUGACAUCUAGCUGGGCUGGCCUGUCUCCUGCUUUUCAAAGAGCGUCCCCCUAGCAGCCCUGGUGCACCUCGCCCCUGGGAACCAGCCAUCCAUUUCUUCCUGCAGAAUGUGUGUUUCAGGAUGCCACUCCAGGCGUGACGUUAGAGGGCCUUGCUCUUCUUUAGACCCUACCUGCCUAGCAGCCUGGUGGAAACAAAUAUUCUAAGUCCACAUGGACAGGCAGCUUCCUGUCUCAGUCCCCUUGGAAUUGAUCCCCUUGGAAUUGGGACAGAAGGAGAGAGAAGAGGUCCAGGCAAAGAGAAGGGGUUGGGCCGGGCGGGCCAUCUUCCCUGAGCCUAUAGAGGCUGGUUCAUCUGGUUAGAAAAGCGUCUCUCUUGAUGAUUAGCCAGAAAGGAAUUGGGAACAAUCCAGAAAACUAAAGACUCUGCCCUGCUCCUCCCCCUAAACUUGAGCCUCUAUUGCCCUAGUGUUUCUGACAUGCACUUCAAAUCUGGAUGAACUUGGGGCUCUAGCCUGAGCACCAGCUGAUCUGUUGUCCCACGUGCAGGGGCAGGGUGAGGGGCCUACCCCAGUAGUGCCAGCCCCAGCCGCACUGGGGAGUGCAGCCUAGGCAGAUUAUGGUUGCCAGUGGUGGCUCAGCCUGAGUCCCCCUCACUAGCCUUUCUCUCUCAUUGCAUCCUCCUCCUCAUGUCAUACUCCCCUCCUGUACGGUGGGCUUCAGCUCCAAGUUACCUGAAGUCCCUCCUGUUGCAGCCAGCUGUCAGUGCUGCAAAGCAUUCCUGUUAUCUGUUGGCCCUUCCUUCUAUUUUACAGAUGGAAAAACCGAGAUUCCUGGGGUUUGCUUGUGUGACCAGAACCCAAGCUAGCUGUGGCCUCUCCCUGCUCCACACCAAUCCUGGGGAUGCUCUUCCUUCUUCCCCAGCUCUCCAGGCAGCCCCAGCUGCUGCCCAGCACAUCCCGCCUCCUCUAGCUCUCAGGUUUCUACCAAGGUUCUUCCCCCUAGGUCUCUCUGGACCCCUUUGCUGUUCUCAUUGGUGUUCACAACACCUUCCAAUUUAAUAUCCUCUGCAAAUUUCAUUAACGGACUGUUUACUCCUUCUCUCAGGAUCAUUAAUGAAGAUGUUAGAUAAGAUCUGACCCAGCUCAGGGGUCCUGGCAGCCCCGCCUCCACUACUAGACUUGCUGCCCUUUGGGCCCCUUCCCCUGGGCUUGUCUCCUCCACCAGGGACCCUUGGGACCUGCCCCCUCCUGCUAUUAGGCCUCAUGACAAGUGCUUAGGGCCAAGUCUGUUUGAAUUAAUUUUCUAAGAUUACUUGAGGCGCUGUAUCAAAUGCUUUGCUAAAAAUCAAGAUAUAUUACCCUGCCUGUGUUGCCUUCAUCUACCAGUCUUGUAAUUCUAUCAAGAAAGCUAUCAAGUUUGUCAGGCAUGAUUUGUUCUUUAUAAAUCCCCACAGUGCCACGUGGGGCACAGGGUUCCCGCGUUUUCUAAAUGUUUAGAGAUUCCUUCUUUCUGUUUGUGUCUUGAUCAGAGCGGGAAGGCUAUGGGCUGGGAAUUAUUGGGAAUGCUGGCAGUGAUGAAUUCUCAAGGAUGGAGAAGGCAUGGCUCCUUCUCUUUCCCAGAGUCUCUGCUGGUAUCAAUGCGUUGUUUAGGACCCACUGAGUCCCUGCAAUAUGCUGGGGGCCACACGCUGGGUACUGGGGAUAGGAGAGAGCUGGAGGGAGGGCCUGAGACUUCAGGGAUUCUGCAGGACAGAUGAAAACCACAGAUAGGUGAGCUGACAUUCUCAGUUACCAUUAAUUGAGAAAUUACUACGUACUAGUCACUAUGCUAAGAGAUUUAUGUGCACCAUCUCAUUUAAGCCCCUCCCUUGCCCUGAGAUGGGUGUGACCUCCCCUUACCUGAGUACUUGGGGCUGCCUGGGACCUAGGGUCUGGGUUUCAUCCCUUGUUAUGCUGAUCCUAACCUUUUAAGGUGUGCAGAAAGGGUCUAGAGAACUCAAUGGGGUGGUUCAGACAUUUUGGGAGGUCAGAGUGGGAAGGGAAGGUAAGCCUUCAGGGGGAGCUUUGGAGAAGUGAGGCCCUCACUUGCUUGUGCACCUCUUAGGUGACCCCCACAGCUUGCAUUCAGUUCUCUACUCUGUCAGUUUCGAGCUGUGUGAUCAAGUCUUUUAACCUCUCUAAGCCUUGGUCCCUCACCUGUGAAAAUGGAUACAGAUGUAGUCCUUACCCCGCAGGAUUGUGGGAGGAUCAAAUGAAGUGACGUGUGAAAGGUUCAUGCCACGGUGCUGGGCUCCCAGUGAGCAGCUGCUGUUACUUUUCACCGUGGAGGUCAAUGCUGGGUAGAGACACUUCACUGAUUGGCUCCAUGCCCCGUGGGUGGAGUGUGGCUCUUCCUUGGGCUUCUCUUCCAGGAGACAGAGGGGUGGCAGGGGGAGCUGUGCUGGCAUCCCGGCACAGGGGCAUCCUUGGCUCAAGCUGUGGGCUGGCAAUAAGCUCUGGGCAUAGGGAGCAGGGAGGCCUUAUUUGGGCCUUGAGCCCAAGCCCUCUGCCCUGUUCCAGACUAUUUCAGGCUAGGUGGUAAUGAAGACAUUCUCUGGUGUCGUCUUGGCUACAUAGGAUUUGGGCAUUCCUAGGAGCCGUGGUUGUAAAACCACUCAAAACAUCCACCUACUUGCCCACCCCAGACCAGAGCUCUGCAUGGGGAGCAGAGUGUAUUUUGGCUAUUGCCUAUCAGGUACUGCCGUCCCCGUCUACACUCAUUUAUGACAAUCUUUCUUACUGUCGUUCAGUGGACAGGGAGAACCCUGUGGAAAUUGGUGAGAUGGCACAGACCCAUUGAUAUGCCAGGGGAACCAGCAGGAAGGGCCAUAGGCAGUCCCUGUCUCCACCAGUGACACCCCAGGGGCUGGUCCUCAGAGGUGGUCAAUGGUAAUGGAUGAGUCAUUGUUGGUGUUGGAGGGUGAGGUCAAGGCUGGCAUCGGUGUGCCCUGGCUCCUGGUGGCCACCUAGUCAUGGCACUCCCUGCUCCUCUCCUCUAAUCCUGGCCGCACCCUGGACUAGCUGCACAUGCUAGACAGGUACCCCCACUUGCCCGAGUCACACUGCUCCUCAUUUGUGAGAGGUGGCAAUGGCACCUGCCCACGGCAAGUGUCCCCGAUGGGAGCCUGCUCUGUCAUCUCCUGCAGCCCCCCUCUGUCUUCUGUUGUAGCUUCAAGGCUCAGGUGAGUUCCAGGCUCCCAUCCAUUUCCCACUCCAGCUCUCAGCCCCAUGGGGCCAGCUGGGCCUCAUGUGCAGGUGGCCAAGACCAGAGGCUCUGGGAUCCAGGGACAGACAGCCUCCUCCCCCAGCCCAGCGGGCAGCAGUUGCCUGUGCUCUAGGCCUGUUGAUGUUUUCCCAUCCUUGAAGCAGGGAGGAUGGGCCGCAGUCCGGGUAUCCAGGAGGUGGGGCCUCUGUACUCUUCCCACUGUAGCUGUGGUUGCUGGGUGGGUAGUGGGGGGACAGGAAACCUGGGCUUUUCUGCCCAGUGUCGGGGCAGAAGAGUCCCGUCUUCCUGCAGGCCAGGCUGUGGUAGGACCAGCCUGAGACAGGGAACCAGGGCCUUCUGACUCAUCCCUCCCCUGAGAGGAGCCCGGCACACUGGGGCCUUGUGCUGUGGCCAGGAGGUCAGUCACUCUCCCCACAGCUGGGGAAAACUUUCCUCCUGGGUCAGCCUGGGAUGCUCCCCCACCCCCACCUGGCUGGGCCCAGGGCAGGACUGGGAGCUGCUCCUGUAACCCUGUGCCAGGUCUCUGCAGCUGGAACAGUGAGGGUCCCAGCCAGGGAAAGAGGCUGUUGCAUCUGUUUCAACUUUUAAACCAGGCCAGUGUGCUUUUUUAACUUUUUUAGUAUAGCCCCUAAAAGUCAUGCUCAUGGUUCUUAUUUAAUGAGCGCCUGCUCUGUGCUCAGUUCUGCGUUAAACCAUGGGAGUCCCUUGGCUUUGUAAAGUCCCAAGGGCUUUCACAGAUCCUUGAAAGAUUCUGUGAUCUCCCUUCUCAUUUCAUAUAUAAGGACAAAUUGAGGCCAGCAGAGGUUAAAUGCCUUCUUUAAGGUCUCAUAGCUACAAAGCAAAAGCAGCAGCAUUCAAAUGCCCUAUACAGGUGGGGGUCCAGACUGCCUUUCUGAAUGUCGGUGGGUAACUUCCCAAGGAGGCUCGAAGUACCCGUAUGUGUUACAUGUGGACAUGGGAGUGAUCUGCUAUGGAGAUUCGGGACCUCAUAAGAGGCAGACAGGCAGCUCUGGUGAUGGUGAAAAGUCAGUGGACCAGUCACUCUCUGGGUGCUUGCCUUGGAACCCAUGACUGUGAGAAUGUGUCCCCACUAGGGUGCCAAAGUAUGUAGUGGCUUUGCCUACAUACUGGGGGCCCAUAGAUGGGUUGCAGAGCCCAGGAACACUAGGGAUUGUACACAAACACCAUGUUUAUGUUGGUGCAUGGUUUGGGAAGAAGGUCCAAAGACCUUACAGUGUUUCAUGUUGAGGUGGGUACAACCCCAGAGAGAAGCACUGGUCCUGCCAAUCUCCCCUGACCUGACCCAGACCACAGAGGCUGAGUCCAGACCCCAUCAGAUCACCCCCCUGGAUGACAGGCUGGCUGAAUUGUAUGUUACCAUACCGCCCACAUUGAAGGAUGCUCUAGGAUCAAGCCCUGUGAAACUUGUCUUUGGGGACAUGGCUCACGGUGGUACACAUGCAGUCUCUGUAGGAGACCUCUCAGGAAAAAUCUUGCACUAGAUUCAGUGUCAGGAAUAACCAUACCACUCUUGAGCAAAUGCUUUAAUCUUUAUCUCAGGGGUCCUGUGAAAUGUGUAAAUGAAAUACUUUUUUCCCACUGGCUGCCAGGGAGUUCUGACCCAUAUGAGUAGUCUACAAAUGGCCUGACCCUUGUACACUGACUUAGCCUCUGGUUCUUUCAGAUUUUAUACUCCUGUUUUCCCCUUGCCUCAUUUUCAUCACCUCAUUUUCCUGAGGGGGAAAAAAACAACACCUUGUCGUUUAAUGUGUUUUAGCCUUAACGAAACAAACGUCUAUGGUGGCUGAGUACCGGCUACACCGGAGCCAGGGACUAAGCAUUUCCUCUCUGCAGUCUCCAUCCUAGAGGUCUAUUUGCCAGCUCCUCUCUGCCUUCCCAGUUCACUUGCCCCUUGCUCUAGUUCUUGGGACCACAGAGCCUUAGGGCUUCUCCAUCCUGGUUCACUCUGGGCAGAAAUAUGAUACUCAGGGUUUGUUUUUAUUAUUAUUUUUUUCUCUCUGAUUUUCUUCCUCCUCCUCCAUGAUUUCACAAAACUUUUUAGGGAGAAAAGGCUGGGAGAGGAGUCAUUUCUCUAGCUCAGGCCUUAGCUGCUUGUACAGCCUCAGGUCCCCUUUGAAGCCUGGCUCUUCUCUGCUCCUGCUCUGUCUCAGUAGUCCCCUGCUGACUUUUGUCCUUACUGGCCCACCUGAGCAGAGAGCCAUUCUGGUAGAAAAGCAAUGACUUCAACCCUGGAGCCUUGGAAAUGCAGGAGGCGGGGGUUGGCUGGCAGUGCCCUGGGGAGGGAUGGGAUGGGAGGCACUGUGCAGUGUGAGGGCUGAUGUUCAGAGCCCCACCCUGUCAUCAGUCACCUCUCUAGUGGUGGCUUCACUCUGUCCCAAAAGUUAAUAAACUCAAACUGAGUAAAAAAAUUCAGUGUAAGCUGUGUCUUCCUCCUACCUGGUCUCCUAAGCUCCCCUUCCUUCUGGGGCAGCUACGGUUACCAGUUCAGUGCAGAUUCUUGCAGUGGUUGGUUAUGCAUAUAUACAAAUAUGUACGUAUAUCCUCUUUAAAAAUCAGAAAUGGUGACAUACUAUUGCACACGUGUUUCCUGGCUCUGGUUUUUGGUUUUUUGGAGACAGGGUCUCUCUCUGUUGCUCAGAUGAGAGUACAGUGGCAUCAUCAUAGCUCAUAGCAGCCUCAAAUGAUCCUCUUGUCUCAGCCUCCCGUGUAGGUGGGGCUACAUAGGUGCCCCACCAUGCCUACCUAAUAUUUUAUUUUUUGUGAAGAUCGGGUCUUAUGUUGCCCAGACCGAUCUUGAAUGCUUAGCCUUCAUCAAUCCUCCUCUCUCAGCCUCCCAAAGUGCUAGGAUUACAGGUAUGAGUCACUGUGCCUGGCCCUUAGGUUUUUGUUUGUUUGUUGUUUUACUUAAUAAUAUAUAUUGGGUAGUUGUUCCAUGUCAGCAUAUGUGUAUCAGUGGAGCCUUCUCUGAUAGAGUCAGUUGAAAAGAAAAUCCCAGGGUAGUGGGGGAAUGCUAAUGAUGAAGGGGUUAAGCAUCCAGGGAAGGGAAGGGGUGCCCAUGUGUGGGCUACUGGAAGUCCAGGAAACUUCUCAAUUGCAUGUGUCAAAUCGUGGACACGAAUGGAAUUUUCUGGGAAGAGGAUUGCAGUUCCUAAGGGGUCUAUGGUCCAGAAAAGAUAAAGAGCUGCCAUUCUGGGUUUCAUGGGAUUUCUUCAAAGCAGGAGGUGGGGGCCUAACUUAGCAGAGGGCAGAGCCCGUGGGUUUGGGGCCCUCUGGGACAGCCAUAGCUCAGGCUAAGUUGAGGUCAGUGAUGCCCAGCCCUAGUAUCUUCUUAGAGGAUGCUUGGGCUUUUUCUACUCCCAGUGGAGGGUCCCCCUGUCUGCCAUGAAGCGAGGGUGGCCCCAGCUGACCCUGAGUGGAAUACAGGGCCUUUCUGGAUUUGGAAAACCCCAGCCGUCAGACCUUCGAGGCCCUCCAGUCACUUAAUCUAUGGGAUAACUGAGGCACAGAGAGGCUGAGGGUGAGUCCAAGGGCCACCCAGCUAGGGAAAGGCAGGAGCUGUGGGCUGUUCAUCUGUGACAUUCAGUUCUGUAUUCCUUCCCUGCUAGAGUGGAAUUGGAGAGGGAGAAGGGGCCGCUGCCCUGGGGAGGGGUGGUGGUGCGGCAGCCUGUUGCUGCUUGCCUCUUCGUGUGCAGCUGAGGAAGUGGGGGGUGCGCAGAACAGAGGCCGCAGCCAGGGUGGGCGUGCCAUCAUCACUUCUCACUGCAUCCUGCAACAUUACCUCCCGCUGGCUGCAUCCUCUUGAGUCUGCAGCCAACAGCCCAAGAAUUCUCAACACAGCCGGCACCGGACUAGGUGGCUGCACUACAGGAUAUGGCCACUAGAGGGCAGCAGGAAAGCCAUAGGGGUGGCUGGGCUUGCAAAAGGGGUGUGUGUGUGUGUGUUGUGGGGGGUGUAAAAAGGGAGUCAGACCCUGUGGACUCUGGGAUCAUUGUUUUGAGGCACUUCCCCAAGACAAAAACCAAACCAGACAUUUUAUGAUGAUGAUAUUAACGAACAUGUGUAUUGAGUGCUUACCCUAUGCCAGGCACUCUGUUAGCUAAUUAGCUCUCAUAACAGCUUUGUUAUAAUUAUCCCAUUUUGCAGGUGCAAAAACAGAGACCAGGAAAGAUUAAGUAAUCUAGCCAAGGUCUCACUGCUAGUAAGUGGUUGAUCUGGGAGCACUGGGGCUGGUGCCAGAGCUGUGUCAUGUCUACACUCCUGGCAUCGACUGUUUUAAGUCCUUUGGUUCUUACCACCAUGUCUAAGGUUAUACACACUUUGGAGAAACUGAGGCUUAGAGAUAGCUUGUAAAUCACACAGGUCCAUACAGCUGCUGAGUGACACAUCCGUCAGCGUGGUUCAGGGCUCGAGCUCUCAGCUGUGAAUCACAGUUCUAGAGUGUAGAGUUGUUCUCUGCUUCCACUCUGUGCCUAAAACUGAGGUUGAAUGAUAGUGAAUGCUGAGCUUUCUGCUUUGAGUGAGUGUUCAUUAGCUCCCUUGCCUUCUACCAGAAAUGAUCAAUUCUGGGCUCCUGUGUCCAAGGUUUGCUUGGGUUUUGACUAACCAGAGGUGGGAGGAGGCCAUGCCAGGGGCUUCUAGGAGGCUUGGAGGAUCAGAACUUUGAGAAGUCUUUUUGUAGUGGCCAAGGCUACCUUGGGAACAACAGGAUCUGGCCCCAAGGCCUCUGGUUUCCAGGGCAGAUGCCUCUAGCAUACCAAGCAAGCUUGGCCAGUCCUGGGCCUGGCUCUGCCAGGCUGGCAGGAGAGAAGGGAGUAUUUCUAGAAGGUCCUCACUUCCCCUAUCUUCCUGUUCCCAUGCCCUGGCUUUGCCCUCUCAGGGACUGGCAGGGAUGGUCUGUGGCUGGGCCUUCAAACAUGUUCUCCUUCUUGAUAUUGAGGCUGUACCCAGUGAAGCUGAGUCUCACUGUCUUAGGGAUAUGUAACAUUGAGCUGCCCCAGUUACUUCUGAUUUAUUGGCAAAGCAGCAGCUUCUCUUCUUGGCCUAAACUUUCUCUGGGGGGAGGGGCAGAGACUUCCCCGCCAAGAUGGCAAGAUGCUCCUCUUUAAAGAAAACUCUGGGGUGAAUUCUGGUUUUGGAAUGGAAUCCUUGAAUUAAGUGAGACUCUUUAAGGGUUCUAUUUCCAGGCUUGGUGGGGAUCAAAGAGGGUAGAACAUAAGUGGAAACAGGGAAUGAAUCAGGAAAGAGUAUUUGAACAUGGACUUCAUAGCACAUUGCCUGGGCUGGAACCUACCUCUACACCUCAUUAGGGGUGUGAGCUUGGAGACAUUAUUGAACCUUGAGGAGCCUCAGCAUCCUCAUCUGUAAAAUGGGGUUGUGAGAGUGUCAGCCUCAAAGAGUUGGCAGGGGAGUGAGAUGAGCUAAUGCCUACACCUGGGAGGAACACUCUGAAUGUCCAGCAAGUGCUUGCUUGCUCUCAUGUUACUUUACUCAGAGUGCCUAGAACAGUGCCUGGAAACUGGACAUCUCAUGGAUGUCUGUGAAUAACCACAAAGGAAGUGCCUCCAAGUGGAAAGGCACUGCUGCUAGAGAAUGGACUCCUAAAUAACACAGACAAUGCCCGGCACUACUAUUGAUGGCAAUUUCCUCUUUGUUUAAGGGCAUUCCCAUUUGUCUUAUGGCACUUGGGCAAAGCCAGUCUGCAAUUUUUAGGGGACUAAGGUUUAGAGCAGAGAAGCCUUCUCCCUGGGUUCCUGGGCCAGCCCCCGGGAUGGAGGCCAGGUGUUAGGUUAGGGUUGUGGUUUUUCUCUGAUCACAUUUAGAAGUUCCUAAGAAUCUAGACUGUGCCCCUUUCCCUAUUUACUGACAUUUGAUGAUCUGGUACCCAUUCCUACAGAUAAAAAGGGGAAUUUCCUAUUAAAACAGGUCUGAAUUUCUCUGUCUGAAAAAUGGGAGUGAGGACGCUGACCUCUUAGAGGGGGUUAUUGGGAAGAACAUGGUGCUAGAAGUUGGGUGAGGAGCCAGGCAGCGUUGCAAGUUUGGGAAAGGAUGAUCCACUCACCCUGUCUCCAGUGGAGUCACACCAAACAGAAGGUGUGAGAAGGACAUUCAGAAAGCACGAGUUCACUCUAUCAGCCAGGAACCAACAGGUCAACAAGAGCAGACAGUAAAGGGAGAGAACAUGCUUAAGUCUCAGAGUUGUCUGCCUGCCCCCUUCUAGUGCUUGGUUUCCAUCUUGCUCAUGCACAGGUGGGCUGGGGACAGGAAUCAGGUGCAAGUUGAAGGCCAAAUAUGUUUAAGCUAGAGGAACAGAAAGUCAAAUCUCCUUAGAGGGAAAGAACCUGGGCUUUGGGGGAGCUGCCAGAUUGGGGUUAAGCCAGGCCCAUUAUUCCACCUCUGUGCCUCGGCCUUCUCACCUAUGAAAUGAGCUGACACCGCUUCCACCUGAUGUUCUUGUGAGGAGGAAAGGAGCUGGCACAGGUAGAGGGAAGUGCUCAGUAGAUUCUCACUGAGUUAAUGCUGCCAUUGUGGUGUUUUAACUCCAACAUGCCUGCAGCACCAAGGUCAGGAAUGCUCCCUGGUCCACUUUUGCUUUGAGUUUCAGGUAGCUGGUCUCCUGCCUUCCUUGUGGUUGGAAGAAGGAUCCCUCUGCCCAGCUGUCCCCUUGGAGCUGACUUUUCAACCGGAGGCCUGGGUCUGCUGGUCACAGGACUGCAGCUCGACCUGGAGACACUGGCAGCUGUGGACUCCCCAGCUUGGAGAAGCCCCUCUUUGACCUGGAGCCGUGGAGCAGCAGCCCCAUGACGGUGCCCAGCCAUGCAAUGUUCCUGGAAGGCUGUCCUCCUCCUUGCCCUGGCCUCCAUCGCCAUCCAGUACACGGCCAUUCGCACCUUCACUGCCAAGUCCUUCCAUACCUGCCCGGGACUGGCCGAGGUUGGGCUGGCCGAGCGGCUGUGCGAGGAGGGCCCCACCUUUGCCUACAACCUGUCCCGCAAAACCCACAUCCUCAUCCUGGCCACCACACGCAGCGGCUCCUCCUUCGUGGGCCAGCUGUUCAACCAACACCUGGACGUCUUCUACCUGUUUGAGCCCCUUUACCACGUCCAGAACACGCUCAUCCCCCGCUUCACCCAGGGCAAGAGCCCGGCCGACCGGCGGGUCAUGCUGGGUGCCAGCCGCGACCUCCUGCGGAGCCUGUAUGACUGUGACCUCUACUUCCUGGAGAACUAUAUCAAGCCUCCGCCGGUCAACCACACCACGGACAGGGUCUUCCGCCGAGGGGCCAGCAGGGUCCUCUGCUCCCGGCCUGUGUGUGACCCUCCAGGGUCCGCUGACCUGGUCUUGGAAGAGGGAGACUGCGUGCGCAAGUGCGGCCUACUGAACCUGACCGUGGCUGCCGAGGCCUGCCGUGAGCGCAGCCACGUAGCCAUCAAGACAGUGAGGGUGCCCGAGGUUAAUGACUUGCGGGCUCUGGUGGAAGAUCCUCGGUUAAACCUCAAAGUCAUCCAGCUGGUCCGAGACCCUCGGGGCAUUCUGGCUUCACGCAGUGAGACCUUCCGCGACACCUACCGGCUCUGGAGGCUCUGGUAUGGCACCGGGAGAAAACCCUACAACUUGGAUGUGACGCAGCUGACCACAGUGUGUGAGGACUUCUCAAACUCCGUGUCCACCGGCCUCACGCGGCCCCCGUGGCUCAAGGGCAAGUACAUGUUAGUGCGCUAUGAGGACCUGGCCCGGAACCCCAUGAAGAAGACCGAGGAGAUCUACGGGUUCCUGGGCAUCCCCCUGGACAGCCACGUGGCUCGCUGGAUCCAGAACAACACGAGGGGCGACCCCACCCUGGGCAAGCACAAAUACGGCACGGUGAGAAACUCGGCCGCCACUGCCGAGAAGUGGCGCUUCCGCCUCUCCUACGACAUUGUGGCCUUUGCCCAGAAUGCCUGUCAGCAGGUGCUGGCCCAGCUGGGCUACAAGAUGGCCAGCUCGGAGGAGGAGCUGAAGAACCCCUCGGUCAGCCUGGUGGAGGAGCGGGACUUCCGCCCGUUCUCAUGACGCGGGCGCCGUGGGCAGUGUGGGAGGCACUUGGUGUCGGUUUUGAUAAAAUGGACCAUUUUUAAUUGUUGCCUUAUCCCCCCCGCCGUGUCCACCCGUCUCUGUGUCCUCCUGCCCCCUGCCCACCCCACUUCCUUCUGCCUCUUUUUGUCUCUGAAAUUUGCACUACGUCUUGGACGGGAAUCACUGGGGCAGAGGGUGUGGGAAGUGGGGUAUGGGCCCCACCCCACCCCUUUCAGACACAUGGACGUUGGGUCUCCACGUGGACGGUGACAAUGUUUACAAGCACCACACUCACACAUUCACACACACGCACAUGGCCCACGAGGAGAGGCCACACAGCUUCUCCAGAGCUUUGAAUGGAUGAGUGGUCGGGUAUUGUAGUUUCUGCACUGUCUUAUUCCUUACACAAGGUAAGAAGAUCUGAACAAAAGGACCACUUCUCUCUAAUUUAUGAAUGGUGUCCAUCCCUUCUGCAUUCUUGCUUCCUGCCCUGACCACCGUGACCCCCCUUAGAGCAGAGAAACUGCCCCCUCCUGCCCGCCCUUGCCUGUCGGUGAGCAGGUUUUUACUGUGAGGUGAACGUGGACCUUGUUUAUUUUUUCCAAUCUGUGGUGAUGCUGUCUGUCUGUCUGAGUCUUGUGGCUGCCCCCGGACCAGUGAUGACUGAUGAAUCUUACGAAUUUCUGAUUGAUCUUGGGGUCCAUCUGUGAUAUUUCUUUGUGCCAAAAAGAAAAAACAAAAGAGUGGAUCAGUUUGCUAAAUGAACAUUGAAAUGCUUUAUCUGUGUUUUCUGUAAAUAAAAGAGUGCAAUAA